GGUGACACAGUAGGAGCAGCUCCAGCCAUACCAAGCUUUGGAUGCAUUUCCCAACUCCUUCUUUAGUCAAUUCAGACUCUUUAUGGUUUUAGACCCUCCUGUAUUUAAAAAAAAAAAAAAAAAAAAUUGGGCUGGAAAGCAGCCAGGGGCUGAUGCUGGCUCCGUGUGCCAAGUCCUCAUGCAGAGCUGUGCCUGGAGCAGUCCUUCCCAAGCCUAGCACCUCCAAUUCCUUUCCUCACCUUUUAAGGAUGAAUGAGGCGGCUGCUGGCAGCCGGAAUUACCUGGGAGGGUUUGUUUUUGCUGCAAGGGCCUGAGUCCUCCUCACACAAACAAGCUCCUGAAGAAAGGAGGGAACAGACAGAGGAGGGAAUAAGAAGGAAAAAAAAAAAAAAAAAAACCAUAGGGAAAAAAAAAAGCGCCAACAGGUUGAUCUGGAUUUCCAUCAAGGGUUCCACCCUCCUCCGUUUAAUGAACAUCGCAGAACAGGUGCUUGGAAUUCAUUACCAGCCCACAAGACCAGGAGACGGAAUCGCCCCGGCCCGGCUGCGCUGCUGCUCCUCUCUCGGAGGCAGCAGAGCCACAAACCUUCACCCUUCUCUCCCUCCUGGGCGCCUCUCCCUCCCCCGGAGCCCAGCCCGGGCAUGACCAACCCCAGCUCUGCCUUCUCCAGCGGCUCCCUGAGCUCCGGGGAGGCGGCGGCGAGGAUGAGCCCCGACGGCGGGGCCAGCGAUGGGCACGGCUCGGUGGGCAGCGAUGGGCACGGCUCGGUGGGCAGCGAUGGGCACGGCUCGGUGGGCAGCGAUGGGCACGGUUCCCCGGGCAGCCAUGGGCACGGUUCCCCGGGCAGCCACGGGCACGGUUCCCCGGGCAGCCACGGGCACGGUUCCCCGGGCAGCCACGGGCACGGUUCCCCGGGCAGCCACGGGCACGGUUCCCCGGGCAGCCACGGGCACGGUUCCCCGGGCAUCCUGCAGAGUUCCCCGGGCAGCGAUGGGCACGGUUCCCCGGGCAGCCACGGGCACGGUUCCCCGGGCAUCCUGCGUGGUUCCCCGGGCAUCCUGCGGGGCUCGCCCCGCUCGCCGCUCCCCGGGCAGGGCAAGCUGCCGCCCGCCGUGCGCCUGGACAUCGACACCGAGUUCCAGGCAGUGCGGCAGCAGGAGAAGGAGGACAUCAAAGUGCUCAACAACCAGUUCGUGACCCUGAUCGAGAAGGUCCAGAGCUUGGAGCAGCAGAACAAGAUCCUGACAACCAGGUGGAACUUCCUGAAGGACCAGGACAAUUCCCACUCUGAUUCGGACAUCAAGGCCAUCUAUGAGCAGUAUGUGAGCAAAAUGAACCAGGAGAUGAAGGCGCUCAACUACGAGCAGGAAAACCUGGAGUCGGAGCUGACGAAGGUGCUGAGCACCAUGGACACCUUCCGGAGCAAGUACGAGGAUGAGAUUCGCCUCUGCAGCGGGAUGGAAUUCACCUUCAUGGAGCUCAAAAAGGAUCUGGAUGUGAGCACCUUGCACCGCACGGAGCUGGAGGUGAAGCUCAAAGGGCUCCAGGAGCUGCUGGAGCUGAAGAAAACCAUCUACGAGCAGGAACUGGAGGAGCUGCUGACGGAAAUCAAGGACAUUUCCGUGGUGCUGGGAAUCGACAGCUGCUCCCGGCCGGACCUGGGCAGGAUCGUGGAGGACGUCAGGGCCCAGUAUGAGGCUCUGGCCCUGCGGAGCUGGGAAGAGGCCGAGGCCCUCACCCGGAGGAAGGUACCAGGUCCCUGCUCUGUGCUGGGAGAGGCAGGAAAGGACAGGAGGGAUUGGCCUGGAAACAGCUGGAUCAGCGAGGAUGGGAGGGAUGGGCUGGCCCUGGGAAUGGAGGAGGGACAAGGCACCAUCCGUGAUCAGCUCUGGAUGGUAAAUCCAGGGUUUUGUUACUCUGGGCUUUCCACACUGGAGGAACCCAGUGGAGAUGGAAAAUGUCCUUCCAGCUCUUCAAAGAGCAGGAAUGUGACUGGUCCCAGGAGCCACAGCCAGAGAGGAUGGGAACGAGCCCCAGAUCUUUCCCCAGGUAAUCCAGGUGAUGCCAGGGCACUCCUGUCCCUCUCUCCACAGCUCACCGACAGCAGCUCCCAGUCCGGCUCCUUCGGGGGGCACCUCCUCGACAGCCGGCGGGAAAUCGCGGAUCUGAACAUCCGCAUCCAGAAACUCCGCUCCUGCAUCGUGUCCCAGAAGAGCCAGUGCCUGUACCUGGAGGAGCACAUCCGCGAGGCUGGCGAGCAGGGCGAGGGGACCCUCAGGGACGCCAAGGCCAAGGUGGCUGGGCUGGAGGAGGCCCUGCAGCGCAGCCGGGAGCACAUGGCUCAGCUGGUCCGGGAGUACCAGGAGCUCAUGAACAUCAAACUGGCCCUGGACGUGGAGAUCCUCACCUACAGGAAGCUCGUGGAAGGGGAGGAGAACAGCAUGGAGCAGCCCAUUCCCACCGUCAUCAGCGCUGUCCACUCCCGGCCAAAGCCUCGUAAGUGCUGUGAUCCCUCCGAUCCAGGAAAUGGGGAAGGAUGGAAGGGUUUUAACCUUUCCCCUUCUCCCAGUUUCUGCCAGCACCCUGCGGAACUCACGGCUGUUUGCCCAGGGCUCAGGGCACGUGGAGCCAAGCCGAGGUGGCCCUGGGAGAGCCCAGGACGUGCCGGGGACUGCAGCCACCAGGACCCAGCCCAAGUUCAGCUCCGGGGCCGCCGGGGAAUGUUCCUAGGAGAACGGGAUGAACACGGACCGAAAACACCUGGGAAGCUCUUCCUCCUGAACUCCAGCCCACAUCCAAGGGAUGAAGGAUGAGGGUCCUGUCCAGGCUGUCCCUUGUCUUUCCACCAUCCCAGUUCACAGCUCCAUUCCCAGUUACAGCUGGAACCACCCCAGGAAUUUAGGGACUCUUCCAUUCCCUGCACCUUCCUCUCUAUGGCUCCCUUCCCAGGGGAUUUGCAGUCACCCCCUGGAAUGUGCCAAGCACGAGGGAAGUAUCCCUACCCAUUU